AUGCAUAUCAAUCGGCUCCAGUCGCUCCUUCAAGUGCUGUUUCUAUCCUCCUUUGCCUGGGGUGCAGCGGAGGAGAAGCCAAAGGCGCCAGAGAAGCCAUGUACCAUCCACUCGCCAAAUACAGGCCUAUAUUUUGACCUUAAUGCGAUAUCAGUACAGCUGGAUAAGAAGGAUGGAAAGAAGUCUCAUGCGGACCGCCAAAGGGAUGAAAGCUGGCAUGUCAAGGGACAUGACUAUGGGGCUAAUUUUACGAUAAAUAUCUGCGCUCCUGUUGUAGAGAACUUGACAGAUGUCGUUGGAGUCGAUGAGAGGAGAUGGCAGAAUAUCAGCGCAUACUACGAGAUGGGCGGAGAAACAUAUUCUAUCGGGCAACAAUCAUCUUCGCUCCUAUUCCGUGGACGCAAACUCGUGCUGAACUAUACCGAUGGUUCGCCGUGUCCUUCUCCGUCAUCUGGACACAAACUGUUUAGGCGCAAAAUCAUAGACGGUGACGACGAUGAGGAUAAUGAACAUGAUGAUAAGGACAAAGACGGUGAUAAAAAGGGUGAUGAUGAUGAGAAGAAGGGAGAUGACAAAAAGAAAGACCCCGAAGACAAAGUUGAGAGAAGGAAAACGACUAUCAUGUCCUUCCUUUGUGACCGAGACCUCGUUACGCCGGCCGCGACCUUCUCAUUCGUCGGUAGCCCCGAUUCGUGCUCCUAUUUCUUCGAGGUCAGAACCGCUGCUGCCUGUGGAGGCGUUGCUGCAAGUACGGACGGCGGCGUUGGUCCCGCUGGCGUUUUCGGAAUCAUUGCCGGCAUAGCUAUAGCUGCCUACCUUAUUGGUGGAUGCGCCUAUCAACGAACUGUCAUGCACCAGCGAGGGUGGAGGCAGUGCCCGAACUACGGGAUGUGGAGUGGUGCUGCCAGUUUUGUCGGGGAUAUGUUUAUAAUUCUCUGGUCAUCGAUUGCGAACUGUUUCCGCUUCCGCAAGUCUCGAUCGGCUUAUUCGCAGCUUGGCCACGGGCCAUCUAAUGGCAGCGCAGGAGGCGGGAGAAAUGGCCUGGUGGGAGCUAUUGGUGGGAGAGGGAGAAAUGCUGCUGGCAGCAAUCGUAGACAGGACCAACGGGAUGUGGAUGAGGAGAACCGCCUGAUCGACCAACUUGAUGAAGAGUGGGAUGAUUAG